AGUUGUACGCAGGCUGGCAUAUUAGCACAGCCGGCUAACAGACGCGCCUUCCUGCUCCUGAAGAAAAACAACAGAGUCCCGCGCCGGUGGGACUCCCGUCAUCAUGGCUGUGUUGUGGUGUAAAUUGUGACAACUAACGCCAAGAUGAUGAACGACAUCAUAGAGGAACCGGAGAAGGACACCUUGCUCGAAGCGCAGUCGGAGCUACACGCUUUGUCGGGCCCCAGUAAUGGCACAAGACCUAAGACCGCUGACGGAGGGAUCAGGCCGGUGGAGAAAAGAGGACCUUACAUCAUGUCCAGAGCUCCAGCGAUCCACCUCAAACUACAGAAACACAGGGAGAUGGUGAGAAAAGCGCUAAAGAAGAAAGCCCUCUCGCCGGGUCCUCCAGUGACGCAUCAGCCCCGGCAGGGAGCCAAGAGGACGGUGAAGUACAACAAGGGCUACGCAGCUUUGAGUCAGCACGCCGAGGACGCUUUGGUUGCCGUGGACUCAAACAGCGAUGAAGAGAUCGAUUUUGAGCAGUAUUCCUCGGGAUACUCUUCAGCUGAGGUCCAUCCUGAUUUAAGCAAGCAGCUUCUCCAGGACGGCUACCGCCUGGAUGAGAUCCCCGACGACGAGGACCUGGACCUGAUCCCUCCCAAAUCCAUGGGCUCCUCCGUGUGCUGCUGCGCCGAGGGCCCGUCCUGCUCCACGCAGUGAUGCCCGGGGGGGGGCGCUGCGCCCAUCCUUUACACCAGUUCCCGCCCCUGACUUCAGUCACCGGUGCCUGAGGCCGUGUCUCUGACCGGGCCCCUCCGCCGCUGUGCUGCCCGAGGACUUCCAGCUCUGAGGCCAAACUCCCCCGUCGAUGCAGCGAGAUCGCACAAGAACAAGCCUUAUCCACUGUGACCUCCAAAGCGGGACCUAGUUUCCUUUUUAUUGAACCUAUUGAGAUGCUUACUGUGCCCGCGCUCCAAAUAGAGCGGUCGUGCACAUUAUGGGAUGUGCCCUCGUUGACUUAGUGGGUGGUUCGUCUUUUCCGUCUCAUGUUCCAGCUAUUAACACUAUAGAUAAAGGACCCUCACGUGAUCAUUAACAUUCCCUAUUGUUGCAUUAACUGGAUGUUUACCUGUUUCGCUUCCAUGUAUCUCUCCUCAAAACGCCUAGUUUAACAAAAUGAACAACUCCAUUCUGUGUUUUUUUUUUUUUAUUAGAAGCAGAUAACUAAAUGUAAAUAGGUCCUCAGAUGAUUGAGAUUCAAUUCAUUUAUUUUUUUCAGCUAUCUAGAAAAACCUGAACUAAAGUGUAGAAGAGAAGGCUGACUCAGUUAUUCUCUGCUCCUCCCAUAGUAUUUGCUCUCUGUCUGUGAAGACAAAGAGUUUUAUUACUUUUUUUUACAGGCCGUCGUUGAGCAAACGGCAACAUACCAGGAAAAAAGUCCCACGAGCGAUCCCCCGUCUGCAAGAGCGCCAAAUGUUACACUGCCGUGUAGGACCCAAAACAUGCUGGCAGAUGAGCUGCUAAUGUCCUUUUGACGGAUUAACCGAUGUGUUGUACAAUCUUUGUCUUGUAGAAAAUGAGUUUAACCCCUGAAACAUGUUCAAGAAAAAAGCUUUUACAAAAAAGGUUGAAAGUGAACUAUAUGAUGUCAGAUCCCCGACAAAGGGAUUGUGUCCUUUUUAAGGCGUAUGUGUGUAGUUACAGGACCAGUCAAAGGUUUGGACACUUUCUCAUUGAAUUGAUUACUUUUCCUGCGUCAUCUCAAACACAUCAAAUGUGUGUCUGUGGAGGCUGGAUUUGAGUUACAAGGCUUUAUAUAUUUAUUAGUCUAUUAGUUACUGCUCAAAACCAGUAAGCCACAUUUGCAUAAGGAUUAACGCAUUUGGAUACCCUUGUUAUUUGCUGCCCAUAUUUGCAUACAUCCGUUUGUGUUAGAAUUAUUUUCUUUUUUUGUUGUUGCGACGUGUCGAUUGCCGUUUUCCACACAAUAGACGAGGAUGUGGUGAACAUGGCAAUCCUUUUCUUUUCCCACUUCAAAAGAUGUAUGUGUUGUUACUCUGUUUCAGUCUGGGUCAUAUUUUAUGUUUUGAACUGAGCGUUAAAUGUCCUAGCAAGUGACGGCACUCACUGUUUUCAAUGAGAUUCUUUAUGUUCGUGAGGAAAGUGACAUUUUCUGGUAGGAAAAAAGUGGGAGCACUUGAUUUGUACAAUUCACACAUUUAGUUGAAGACUUUGCGAGGAAAAAGCUUGCUGUCACACAUCAUGAAUGAUCCGUUUCUCCUCUGCGGACUCUGUCGUCCGAAUGUGGGGGAUUUAGGAAUAAAGGCGGAUUCUGCUAUUACACCAAGUGUGAGUCACUUGAUAACAAGCGUGAGGUAAAAUGCUUUAAAUGCAAGAGCUGUAUUGACCCCUGACCCCGACCCUGGCUCUGCACGAUGUUCCUCUGUACACAAAUAUUGCACUUGACACCAGUGGUUAGUAGCAAGUACACUUGACUCACCUGUACUAUGCAACUAUUGGGACAAUCCGCUUGUUAUGCAACAUUGUUAUGCUAUUGAGUGCUACAUGCAAUGACUUUAUUUUAUGAUGAUAAACACUUUUUUAAUUAUUUGAUUGUACUGUUUAUUGGUUCAAAAUAAAGAUUAUUAUCGAUA